UCAGUUGCAGUAACUUAACGCAUUUGCGUCAUCUUCGUUGCACUUUGGCAAUUUGGUUUAUGACAACGUAUACUUGCCUGCUGAUCUGUCAAAAGUUUUAACUUCAAAGUUAUUAUUCGAAAACGACAAGUGUUGAACAAUAGAAAUCUACAAAAUGACGGCUGAUUUAAAGAAGUUCUUACAUGGCCUACUCAAUCGAGUUGAAGGAUUGCACAGUAUUUUGAUAACAGAUAGAGAUGGGGUACCAGCUGUAUUUGUGGCUAAUGAAAAGGCUCCAGAACUAGCAAUGAGAGCAAGUUUUUUGUCUACUUUUGGAAUGGCUACUGAUCAAGGAAGUAAGCUUGGUCUUGGAAAAAAUAAUACUAUCAUCUGCAUGUACAGCAGUUACCAGGUAGUACAAAUGAACAAGCUACCUCUAGUAGUGAGCUUUAUUGCUAGUCAUGAUUGCAAUACUGGACAUAUUCUGGAUUUAGAGAAGAAAAUCGACCCUGUGCUCUGUCAACUAAAAAAUGCUGUUGCGGAUGCCUGAUGGUUACCCGUAGUUCACUAUGGAUGAUAAUUAAUGCAACAUCACUAAAAAAGUGUAUUGUGAUAAAAGACUUGGAUAUUGCUGUGCAAUAUUACUCAUCCAGUAAUGCAAGAAGAAACAGCACCAAUGUUUUGUUUGAGACAAAUUUUCUUGUCUGGCAGUGCAAAAUUUACAAGGAAGGAAGUCUGAUGUUGAGACAAAAUCUAUGAUAAUAAUUAAAAGUAACUGUUUGUACAUUAUUUUUAAAAACAUAUGAUAUAUUUAACGUUUUUUUUUGCUUUAUAAAUUUUGCAUACACAUGAUAAUUGAUAUUAAUGGAAAGAAUUUAGAAAAAUAUUACGGAUAUACUUGUAGCAAAAAGUAAGCGCAUUGUGCUCUGACCAUGGCUCUCUGUAAAUACAAAAGUUUGAUGGAUAAUCUCAAAAUAUAGUUAAUCACAGCUCGUACAGCAAAGUCUUGCCCUCGAGACCGUUAAGUAUAUUUUGAGCGGCCGCGAGCGCCAUGUCGUUUCGGGUUUCCACAGUUUGACUGCCCAUGUGUGGGAUGAUCACUGUAAAUAAAAGUAUUAAUUCAAUAGUCUUUUAUGGUAACCAAAUGGAUAAAUACUAUAUAAUACAAGCUAUACACAAAUAAACGGUAAAAUACGUGUUUUAAAGUG